CUACAACUGCCCCACCUACAAGUACAACAGAACCAACUACAACUGCUCCAACUACAACAGAACCAACUACAACUGCCCCAACAACUACAACAGAACCAACUACAACUGCCCCAGCUACAACAGAACCAACUGUUCCACCUACAACUACAGAAGUAUCAACUACAACUGCCCCAGCUA